AUGCAGUUCCGCGCUUCCAUCGCCGCCGCCGCCUCCCUCUUUGCCCUGGCCAACGCCCGCAUCUACGGCAUUGCCUUCCCCGAGACCGUCAAGGCCGGCGACCAGGUCAACGCUAUCAUCGAGACCGAGAACUACAUCCAGUCCGUCCAGGACGUUGCCAUCGCCUUCGGCAUCGCCCCCGAGGCCUCUGCCUACCCCGGCACCCUCUCCACUGUCAUCGGCUCUUUCUACCUCGGACCUGAGAAGUCCAAUGUUCUUGACAACAUCACCGAGACCGUGACCAUCCCUGGCGAGCUCGCCGCUGGCACGUACGUCGUCUCCGCCGGCGUCUACAGCCUGUACGGUGCCUCUUCCAGCACCACUCUCACCAACUACAACGUCACCAUCACCGUCGGCGACGCUACCAGCGAGAACUACGUCGGCAGCCAGUAA